AUGCGCUAUCCGCAACUGGUGGAACACUUGGCCAGCGGUCCGAUCGUCGUGUACGUGUUGAUGAAAACCAAUUGCAUCGACGAGUGGAAGAGAUGCGUGGGGCCGCCCAAUGUGGCUUUUGCAAGAACUUACCAUCCGCUCACGUUGCGGGCAAUCUACGGGCUGGACCCCGAGACAUCGGCCGCGGCCAACGGUUUCCACGGUAGCGACAGCCGUCUUGCGGCGCACAAAGAAAUACUGUUCUUCUUCCCGUACAGCGACUUGGACGACACUUUGAACUUGGACGUCAUGAUGGAUUUCAUACAAAACGUGAUGAUGCCGGUAAUAAACAAAGGGUUCGGGGAGCUGUACAAAGAGAAUCCCGACGAUCCUCUCAGGUGGUUUGCAAACUGGAUAAUGCACAACAACCCGAACAAAUCGGAAUCGGAUGCUCGUAAAUAA